UCGACCCGCUCGGGCUCGAUUGGCCAACCUCCAUUGGCGGCGGUAACGGUCGCGGAGGCGGGGCCGGAGGCGGUGGAGCGGAGCCGGGCAGGGCCGGGCCGGGCGGCUGAGGAAGAUGAAGAUCUAGUUUCGCACAUGAGACUCACUGGCCGAUCGUUUCAUUAAGAUCAUCUUGGAUGAGCAGGUGUGACGUGCAGGAGGAAAGAGCUAUGGCUGAGGCAACUCAGAUUUUUUUAUUGCCAAUCUCCACUUCUUCUGAUUCCACUGUGUCUCCAGCAUCCCCUAAAGCCCAGCAGUCCAGUCAGUUAUCAGACAAACUCAUGGCUGAAAAGCAGCAGGAAGAAGCAGAAUGGGAGAACAUAAAUAUGCUGUUGAUGAAGCAUGGCUUAAAACCACUGUGCCUGGUCAAGAGAAAAGAUCUUAAAGAGUUCAUCAUUUUUGACAAGCAAUCAUCACAAAGGAUGAGACAGAAUUUGAAAACAUUGGUAGAAGAAACAGCACGUCAACAGAGCAUGAUACAGGAGCUUAUAGAAACUAAUCAGCAGCUUAAAAAUGAACUUCAGCUAGAACAGAGCCGUGCAGCACAUCAGGAACAACGUGCCAAUGACUUGGAACAAAUUAUGGAGAGUGUGAAAUCCAAAGUUGGUGAAUUGGAGGAUGAAUCCCUAAAUAGGGUUUGCCAGCAGCAGAAUAAAAUAAAAGAUCUUGAAAAGGAGCAGAAAACUUUACAGGCAAAAUGCCAGCAUUAUAAGAAAAAACGAAUGGAGCAACAAGAGACAAUUGCUUCUUUGCAAAAGGAUAUCUAUAGAUUAACAAAGGAGGAAGAAGAGCGCAUUUUCACCCAAAAUAGAGUGUUUGCCUAUCUCUGCAAGAGAGUUCCUCAUACCAUCUUGGACAGACAGUUGCUUUGCCUAAUUGAUUAUUAUGAAUCUAAAAUUAGAAAAAUCCAUACACAAAGGCAAUAUAAAGAUGAUGAGAGUCGGUCAGAAGAAGAGAAAGAAUACAGAAGCCUGAACGCCUCACCAACCUAUAAAGGCCUUCUAAUGUCAUUACAGAAUCAACUCAAGGAAUCAAAAUCCAAGAUUGAUGCCCUUUUAAGUGAAAAGCUAAACCUCCAGAAAGAUUUGGAAUCCAGGCCCACACAGCAUGAAUUACAACUAUAUAAACAACAAGUGAAGAAACUGGAAAAAGCCCUUAAGAAAAACAUCAAGUUACAGGAGCUUAUCCAUCCUAAAAAGACUGAAGAUACAGAGAAGGAUGAUCCCAGCAAAGAUAACCGGCAAAAAGCCCUGAUUGACCAAAGAUACUUUCAGGUACUGUGUAGCAUCAAUUCAAUUAUUCACAAUCCAAGAGCUCCAGUAAUAAUUUAUAAGCAGAGCAAAGGAGGAGCCCAGCAUUUUAACGAUCUUGUUCAAGAUUGUGGAUUUGAGCAUCUUGUGCCAAUAAUAGAAAUGUGGGCAGAUGAACUGACAUCCCUAAAGGAUUUGUAUAAGUCCUUGAAAAUACUAUCUGCAGAGCUGGUACCCUGGCAUAAUUUAAGGAAGCAGGAUGAAAAUGAAGGAAUCAGAGUUGGUGAUCUGUUAUUUAUGGUAGAUACCAUGUUGGAAGAAGUUGAAAAUAAGGAAAAGGACAGCAAAGUACCAAACUUUCAAACUUUGCAAGCUAUUGUCUCUCACUUCCAAAAAUUAUUUGAUGUACCUUCUUUAAAUGGAGUCUAUCCCCGAAUGAAUGAAGUUUACACUAGGCUUGGAGAAAUGAGCAAUGCUGUGAGAAACCUCCAAGAACUCCUAGAAUUAGAUAGUUCAUCAUCAAUGUGUGUGUUGGUAAGCACAGUUGGAAACCUGUGUAGGCUGAUUAAUGAGGAUGUGAACGAGCAGGUUAAGCAAGUAUUAGGACCUGAAGAUCUCCAGAGCAUUAUCAAGAAGUUAGAGGAACAUGAGGAAUUUUUCCCAGCAUUUCAGGCAUUUACCAGUGAUCUCCUUGAAAUCUUAGAAAUUGAUGACGUGGAUGCCAUUGUACCUGCAGUAAGGAAAUUAAAAGUACUUUCAUACUGAAAACAAAUCCAAUCAUUUUUACUGUGUAAAUUGCAUUCUUCACAUUCUAAGAAUUGUAUAGGAUUGAUCUUAUUUUGAGGCAAAGGUUAUAUAAUGUAUUUGCUCUCAGAAUUGAUCACCUCCUGAUUGGGUCACUCUAUCCAUACAGUUUUUAUAACUUACAUUCUUAUACAACAAAUAGUUCUUAAGUUAUUGAAAGUAGUAAAUUCACUUUAGAUCCCUCAGUAAUUUAAGUUAUUCUUGAGUGCUUAAAAUAUAAAGUUGUUUUAAAGUAGAGUUUUUAAGUAAAAUGAGAGAACAGUAAUAGAAAGGUUGGAUUUAAGUUCAGGGCUUUAGUGACUUUUGGGGUCAGGGCAGAAGUCCAGCCAGUGAAAGCUACUGUCUCCUGGUAAGGAUUAAUUGACACAUUGUUAAGAUAUCCCUCAUGGCCAUUGUCAUUUCAAUGCAGGAAGGGCAAAAGGAAAAAAAGAAAAAAAAAAUGUGUUACUGUGUUAGGCUAGAAAAUGAAUUAUGGGGUAAAAAUUUAUGAGUAGAUAUCCCUCAUUUUUAAAAGUGUCUUUUUUUGCAAUCUUGAUGUAAUGUACUUUUUUUUAAUAAGGACCUAAGAUUUCAAAUA